CUGAUAUAUUUUCACAACUGGAAUACGAGGAGGGUACUAAGUAUGAGAAAAGAAGGAGAAGAAAAGUAGAGAAAAAGUAGUAUGUAUGCGCACCUUAAUCGUAACACAACUUUUGUUAGUUGUGUUGACCUAUACCAUAAAAUUCUCUCUGUCAUGUACUUUUGGUCAUUGUUUAAGGCAGCACAGAUCUAGAUACACUGGUCAAGUCUUCUUCAUUAGUCUCGGUUCUUAUGAACUAUAUCGGGAAUAAGCUCUUUUUUUUUUUUUUUUAAUUUUAUCAAAAAUAAAGUAAACAUAUUACUUUCCCUCCUUUUACAUUGUUAGGUUCAGGCGCUGGAUUUUGUGUCUUGGGCGUUUGAGCACUUCAAUCACUGUACAAAGGUGUUUGAUAUUGGGUUUCCUUCCACCAAUAUGAAAGUUGGAGAUACAAGACUGGCUCUUGCUUCUUGAAGCUUUUACUCCGAUCACCUCUGCUGAAGUUACCAAGGAUUCAUUACGAACAACAAUUCAAGGAAACUAAAAAGGUGGAAAGUAGAUGGCCAGGGAGUGUCAGAACAUGACGGAGCUUGUAGAUAGUUGGACAAUUAAGCAAUUGUAUGAUGCUGCAGAGCAUCUAGCAGAUGUAAAGUUUUUUCUCGAGAAACUGGAGCAAGUUCAGCCUGAGAAUGCGAUAUCUGCACAACUGGGGCCACUAUUUGUAGAAGCUUAUGAUGGAUCUUCUGAGAUAUGGUCUCACAUGGAUCAAUGCCAGUGGACUUGCACCAUCAGAAUGAUGAUUUCAAAGGUGCUUAAAAUAAUUAAACUGGAGAAUAUUGCUGAGCGAGUCAAACCUGCAAAGCCAUCCACAUCAACUAGCCCAAUGAUUUUAGAGGUGCUGAAAAUAACUAAACCUGAGAAUAUUGCUAAGCGAAUCAAAGCUUCAAAGCCGUCAAGUUCACCUGGCCUAAUCACUAUGGAGAUGGUGGGUUUUAUCGAAGUUUUGCUUGAUACUGCUCAUGAUAAACUGUGGUCCUUUAGUUUAGUGCAUGCCUCUCGCUUGUAUGUGCUUAAAAGGAAGCUGAGGUAUCUACAAGUCUUCUUCACGUUAACGACGAGGUGGUGCAUUGAGCAUGAGAAUAUGAAGGAUCUCUUCACCCAUGUUGAGGAUGUAGCUUACACUGCAACACACAUGUGUUUCUUAGGGGUGGGCAAAACUAUGGAUCGCGAGUUCUCUGAAUUGCUGGAAAAGAUAAGUCCUUUUAAGCCUAAAUUGAGGCAGAUUUAUAAGAGCCUCUUGACAGUGUCAAAGUCAUCACUGUUAGAUACUACAAUGAAUGUAAGGAUAAGUCCUUUUAGCUUUGUUAGUGCUCUCCAAGAGGAUCUGAAAGAGCUAGUAAUCCGUGAUACUUCCUUGAAAGUUUUCCUUGACAAUCAAAUUCCGUGGCUUCAACAAGGACUUCUUUAUCUUUCUAGAUAUCUCCGGGACAUAGAAUUAGAAUUCACUCCACUCGAAGAAUUCAACUCUCUUCAAUCAAAUAUUGUGGCUCUGGCCAUUGAAGCAGCAAUUGCCAUCUACUCCUCCUAUGAUGAGGAAAUGGACGAAACUACUGAAAUGAAGCAUNAGUCUGAGUCUGCUAUAUGUUUAUCUUAUGAGGAUGUUGUGGAUAGCAACAAAAUAAGGAAGGUCAAUCUUGUUCUUCAGUUUUUGACAAUUGCUUUCAAGCUUAUCGAGUCUCAGAGAAUCUUGAUGGAUCUACUAAAGCACAAAGCCACUUUGGAAACUAAAAUUCUGGAUCUGAUUGAAAGUGCUCAUGAGGAUCUUAUUUUCCUUAGAGCUUUCCUCAUGGAUCUUCUCAUCCGACACACAGAGCUUAACAAAGUGCAUGAUCUCUUAAGGCAUGCUGAAGGGACUGCCAACAAGUUAGUACAAGUCAGUGGUUUUUGUUAUGAAGGUUUCAUGGAUGGAGGUAGCACUGAAAAAAUGAUGCUUUCAUUAUCCGAUUUGCCACAAGAGAUUGAGUCUGUCAAGGUAGAGGUCAGAAAAGUAUGGUUUCAACUUCUGGAUGCAUCACCAUGGAACGUGACAGAUGGGGAAGACAUUAUUUUCUUAUUAAACCACCAGGACAGGGUGCUGAACUCUGAUGAUUAUUCAAUCUCUUAUCUGAAGAAUCAGGUCCCAGUAGUCAAAGAAAAACUGGUGUACUUGGGCUCUUUCCUUGCAGAUAUUAUACAGCAUCGCGAUAUGCAUCAAGAACUCCAAGACCUCAUGAAGCGUGCUCAAGAUAUUACGUUUGUCUGUUUCUUCCAUGUCAGGGGUUAUACUCCUGCUUGGCAUGACAUGUUACAUCUCUCUGAUGUCAAGCAAUUGCUUAGGUUUGUUGAAGCAGAGGUCAAAAUGUUUUGUUUCAAAGUUCCAGAUUCUUCAUGUUAUAGCUUCCCCAAGACAAAUGGAUUAGGAUUUCUCGAUUGUUUCUUGGGAAAAUUGGGGGAGCUGUUAAGUUCUAAGCUCGAUUUGAUUAUCGACUUAAAACAUCAGAUUCAAUCACUCCAGGACGGCUUGUUGUGUCUAAGAUCGUUGACCGAUCAAUUUGCAGAAAGCUACGAUGAGCAUGAUGAAGUUUAUGGUCGUAUAACAAGUAGCACAGAAAUUGCAUACAAGGCAGAGUAUGUCAUUGAUUCGUGCUUGGCCUGUUCUUAUCCACUCUGGUACAAAGUUCAUUGGAUUUCUGAAGUUGUUAAGAAUAUUAAUCUUGUAAAUGCAGUUGUUAGUGAGCCAUGUGAAAGAAAGAAUAAUGAUGUGGCAGUGACCGAAGCUGCAAAGACCUCCGGUAAUCUUUUACCAUCAUUAUCAGCCAAUACUCCAAGAACAAAUGAAGCAAUGGAGGGAUUUCAGGAUGCGAUGGACGAAUUAAAGAAGCAGCUACUUGAAGGAUCACCUGAGCUAGAUGUUAUCUCAAUCUUUGGCAUGCCCGGAUUGGGUAAGACUACACUUGCAAAGAAGAUUUACAGUGAUCCAAUAGUCACCUCUUACUUUGAUGUCCGUGCUCAGUGCUGUGUGACUCAAGUAUAUUCAUGGCGAGAAUUGUUGCUUACCAUUUUGAAUGAUGUGCUUGAGCCUGCUGAUCGCAAUUUAAAAGAAGAUGGCGAAUUAGCUGAUGAGCUGCGUCGAUUCUUGUUGACCAAGAGAUUCUUAAUUCUUGUUGAUGACGUGUGGGACACUAAAGUGUGGGACUAUUUACAUAUGUGCUGUAGAGGUUCUCGCAAAGGGAGUAGAAUUAUUCUAACGACACGGCUGAGUGACGUUGCCAGUUAUGCUCAAUGUGAUAGUAAACCUCAUCAUCUUCGUUUAUUCAGUGAUGAAGAGAGUUGGACAUUAUUACAGAAAGAGGUGUUUCAAGGAGAGAGCUGUCCACCUGAACUUCUUGAUGUGGGGUUUCGAAUAGCAAAAACUUGUGGAGGGUUGCCUCUCUUCAUUGUGUUAGUUGCUGGUGUUCUGAAAGAGAAAAAGAAGAAAGCAGAAUUGUGGAAAGAAAUAGAAGAAAGUCUAGGUUCGCAGAACAUUGGUUGCUUGGAAGAGAGCAUGUCUAUGAUUGGAUUCAGUUACAAGAAUUUAUCACACCAGCUGAAGCCUUGUUUUCUCUAUUUUGGAGGAUUUUUGAAGGGCAGGAAUAUUCAUGUCUCAAAAUUGACUCGGUUGUGGCUUGCUGAGGGUUUUGUACAAGCAAAUAAGGGACCAGAAGAUGCUGCACAAGGUUUCUUGGAAGAUCUUAUUAGUAGAAAUUUAGUGAUGGAUGUGGAGAAGAAACCCAAUGGCAAGGUGAAAACAUGCCGCAUUCAUGAUCUGUUGCACAAAUUCUGCUUAGAAAAGGCCAAACAAGAGAAUUUCCUUCUCCGGAUAAAUGGAUUCUGUGUAGAGGACACAUUUCCUGAAAAGCCCAAGGAAUAUAGACUGUUUAUUCAUUCUUCCGAGGAUCAUAUUGAUCAGUGGCAGCCAUCUCGUUCAAAUGUUCGCUCCUUAGUACUCAAUGUGAUUGAUCCGGAUAACUUGUUAUGGCCGCAUAAUAUAUCCUUCAUCUUUGACAAUUUCAAACUCGUUAAAGUGUUGGAUUUGGAAUCUUUCAACAUUGGCGGUACUUUUCCGAGUGAAAUACAAUCACUAAUUCAUUUGAGGUACUUUGCUGCUCGUACUGGUGCAAGUUCAAUUCCUUCAUCUAUAGCUAAGCUAUGGAAUCUUGAAACUUUUGUGGUUAGAGGAUUGGGAGGAGAGGUGAAAUUACCUAGUUCACUUCUGAAGCUGGUGAAAUUAAGGCAUAUACAUGUAAAAAAUUGUGCUUCAUUUAGUUUGCAUGACAACAUGGGUGAAUCACUUGCUGACUGUCAAUUAGAUAAUCUGGAAACUUUUUCCACUCCACAUCUAUCUUAUGGUGAAGAUACAGAGAUGAUAUUGAGAAAGGUGCCAAAAUUAAGAAAGCUGAGUUGCAUAUUUUCGGAAACAUUUGGUUAUUCAAAGAUAGUGAUGGGAAGGUGUGUUCUUUUUCCCAGAUUGGAGUCCCUAAGUCACCUUGAAUCCCUCAAGCUUAUUUCCAACAGCUAUCCAGCUAAACUUCCACAUGUCUUCAGUUUCCCCUCAAGACUAAGGGAAUUGACUUUAUCAAAAUUUCGUCUACCUUGGGGCCAAAUUUCAACGAUCGGAGAGCUGCCUAAUUUGGAGAUUCUAAAGUUACAUCUCAGAGCCUUUGAGGGGAAUCAUUGGGAAGUGAAAGAUUCAGAGUUCCCUGAACUCAAAUACUUAGAAUUGGACGACAUCAAUAUUGCACAGUGGUCUGUAUCUGAUGAUGCUUUUCCUAAGCUUAAAUGUUUGGUUUUAAUCAAAUGUAAGCGGCUUGAGAAAAUCCCUUCUCAUUUUGAUGAUUCUGUAUCUCUUAGAAGCAUUGAAGUAAACUGGUGCAACUGGUUUGUUGCCAAUUCAGCCCAGGAAAUUCAGACAACGCAACAUGAAGAAAUGGCAAAUGGUGCGUUCACAGUUAGAAUACAGCCUCCAGAUUGGGCUACAAGAUCAUCUCCUUUGACUCUUAUCUGAAAGAAGAACAGGUCAUCUGCUAUAUUCUUGAAUCUGAGUGCUAGACUUGCUCAAACUUUGAUGAGUACUGCACUAAGUCUGCAGAGUGUUUGAAGGAAGGAAAGAUCUUUUGUAUGUUGUGAAGUUAUCUGGUAAAGAAGGAAACUCGCUUAUAAGAGAAUUGAAACGGUCAGUUCCCUAUCCAUUUUUUGUCUCUUUCACUUUUGUGAACAGAAGAUGGAGGACCUCAGCUAGGGAGAUAUUAUGUUGAAGGAUUUUCAGCAAGAAGUGAAGUGUUUUUUUUUUUGGUUUCCCACCGGUGUGCGGUACCCGCUAUAUCCGGAUCCGUGCCGCUUAGGGCUCCAUUCGGGGAGAAGCGCUCCUUACCAAAGAUUUUUCCAUACCCAGGGCUCGAACCCGAGAUCCCUGGGGAAGAGUAGCCGCAUCAGCUGCACCACAUCCUUUGGUGGUAAGAAGUGAAGUGUUUGAAUGAACGUCAACAAUGAUUUGUGGUGAAACUUGUAAUAAGCGUCAUCAACUUGGAAAUUUGAAAUGACAUUAAUAGCUACCAAAUAACCUGCAGUUUACAAUUUCAAUGUUUUUGAUUUUCGAAUCAAGGUUACUUA